AUGGCCAGCGGUCGGUUGCGGCAGCCGCAGGCGGUGGAGGAUGCGCUGGAAUUCGUGCGCAACAAGAUUAUGCAGUUUGCGGACGUAGGAAACGACCUAGAACUUGUUGAAAAAAAACUGACGGCAGAAUUGAGCGCAGUAUUUGGUCCAGAUGUCUUUCAACUCCACGGCCGCUGUCAAGACCUCAAGGCACAAAUCAACAAAAUGAUACGUGACCUUGCUGAGCUCUACGAGGCGCGUAAAGAGCUGGUAAAUGUUAUCGGGAACCAGCUCACACUAUCGGCAUCACUCAAAAACUUCGAGAAACUGAUCGAUCCGCACGCCAGGGUGGAUGACGACACCCACUCGAUGGAGAUGCUGGGUAUGCAUUAUCAGGCUCUGUGGAACGGCGAGGAAUUCGAGGUCGAGGAAGCGGAAGAAGUCGAAACUAAGCGUCCUCUGACCCCGCUAACAGUUAUAGGCAACAGCAGCAGCCUCGAUGUAACGCCAACAAAGGUCGAGACACCUACACCAGAAACGGCUUUCAAGCCUAUAUCGCAAAAGCAGUUCGACGACAUACCUGCCCUGGUCAAACGAAGGGCAAAGUUGGAGCAGAUCAAUGAACUGUACAAACACCUCUUUGACAUGGCGGUUGAACGCAAAAGGUGUCUACCGGUGAAACUAAAGGAAAUCUCGCAGGCGGGAAUUCAGGUGUUCGGGCAGACCGGUAAGCUGGAAAACGCGCAAUCGGCACACACAUUCAGGGACUUCCAAAUUGGCCUCAUUGAGGUAUCUAAAACUCGCCGAAAUCAAUAA